AUGACACCGAUGGAGGAGGCCAAGGCGCUGCUGGCGCGCAAGGAUAAGCUCGAGGCGGAGAUGGCAGCAGCUCGCGAGGAGCUGGCGCAGCUGGGCGUGGCGAUGGAGGAGUCUUUGAUUGACGAGCAGGACUUUCCGCGGUCAGAUGUGGACGUGCAUGGGGCACGGCACUUGCGUCACACGAUUCGCUGUUUGGAGACGGAUUUGAAAACGGUCAUGGGUGAUAUUGAGAGGGCAAUCGCGGCCGUACAUGCAGCGGCACGCGACACCAAGGACACGGUGGCUGCAAGCGAUGAUGAGGCAGCAGCAGCCACAACGGCGGCUUUGCCAGAUUCCGCCGAGCCGGAGCUGGAGGCAUUUGCCUUUGUAGAGCGAGUGGACAGCGACUCACCGGCAGCCCAAGCGAGGAAUGACUGCCUCCCCUCACGUUUGCUGGACCCUGCUUGUGUGUGUGUGUGUGUGUGUGUGUGUGGUGGGAACACGACUAGGGCUUGCUACCAGGGGACAAGAUUGUUCGAUUCGGGAGCUUGA